AUGGUAAUCGGAAACAAGUGGGAGACGUACUUGAGCCUGCUGCAGGCGGACUACAACGAGGGAGAUGCGCUGGACGAGCUCGGGCUCAAGAGAUACUGCUGCCGACGAAUGGUGCUCACUCACGUAGAUCUCAUCGAGAAGCUGCUCAACUACAACUCACUGGAGCGGAGAACAGGGCCAGAGACAGACUAG